AGCUCUUGGGGGAUGAUGAUGAUGAUGACAAAAAUGGCGACAACAAACGAUGUAGAGUCAGGUUCGGGUGCACCGCCCUCCUUUCCCAACGGCGUGACAGCCCUCCCUGUCCCUCCAGAUGCCUCGGAACUCCCGCCGACGUACGAAGAAGCCGUCCACAGCCAGCCUGGAGACGCCCCUCCCUCCUACGCCUCCUUGUUCGGCGAGAUACAAGAGGCUAGGAGGGAGUCAGGCGGGUUCGUGGACUUCCUGAAAAAGUUGUUGGUGUUGCUGGCGGGAACCAUCGGCUGUACGAUCCUCCUGGGACUCCUCAUGGCCGUCCCUGUCGCUAUGAUCGUCCUGGGAGCCAUCAACCUACACGACUGCCCCAUCCAGCGCAUGAUACCCAUCUACCUGCUCGUCUUCGGCUGCUUCGGAAUCCUGAAGAACAUCAUCUCGCUGUACGAACGCUACAAGAAUCACAGGGAGAACGAGAGCGAGAACAACGCCAAGCAGAACCCGCUGGAGGUCAUGAUCAACUGCUUCCUGCUCGCCUGGUUCAUCGCCGGAAACUACUGGAUCUACUCGGUGCACAGGGCCGUGAACAUGGUCGAUCCUUCCAGCGAACGGUUCUGUGACCCCACGGCGUACCUCUUCGCCUUCUGGGUCACCACCACGGCGUACAUAUUUGUGGGCCUGCUGAUCAUCUGUGUGUGCUGUACAGCGUUUUGUACUUCUGUUACAACGUAGAGUUUUACAAUGUACAGGUCAUAGACCACCCUUCCUCCCAUGCCCCCCCCCCCUUGAUAUUUGAUUCUACAACUAGAAUUGUAUGUUGUGAACAUUUACAAGUUUGUGAUAGCAGCAAACCUGUAUUGUAAAUUUGUACGUUACUCUCUAAUCACAAGAUUGUGUCUUACUGUGUGUUGCAUUUCUGUUACAACAACUAGAGAGUUUUCUGAUGUACAGGUCAUAAACACCCCACCCCCUUCCUUGGCAAUAUCUCUAAUGGUUAGUUUUUUUGAUGUACAAGUCAUAAAAGUCAUUCUACAUGUAACCGGUAUUGUAGGGGAAAAACCAAUUUUGUUUGUGAAAUAUUUACAGGUUUUGUCUUAGCAAACCCUAUAUUGUAAUUUACUGUCACAGCGAAAGACUGUGUGUUGUACAGUGUUCUGUACAUGUGUUACAACAGUUUUCUGAUGUACAGGUCAUUGGCCCCCCUCCCUCAUUCUACAAAUGUUGUAGGGCGAACUAACUCUACAUUUCGAAUGUUUACAUGUCUAUUGUAAUUACUGUCAUAGUAAAAGGCUGUGUGUUUGUACAGUGUCUUGCAGUUCUGUUACAACAACUAGAGAAUUUUCUCAUGUACAGACACCCCUUUUCUUGCCCCCUCCCAUUCUGUGAGCAUUGUAGAGGAAAUAGCAUUACGCUGUACUGUCAUAUUGUAAGACGUGUGUUGCACAGCAUUUUGCACUAAUAAGUAUUUUGAUGCAAGUGUAAUACCAAUACCAAGGACAAUGUCACUCUCGUAUAGAGUCUGAACAAAGAUUUAUUUAUAAUUUGCACAUACCGGGCAGUAUAUGCAUUUCAAUCAAUUCAAUGUAAAGUAUGUAAGGAUUUGUGGCCAUGUUGGAGAGUGGGUUCUUUUUAUUGUUUUUUGGUCAGCACGCAUUGACAACAUUUGCCAGAUGAAUGGCAUAGCGCCACAUCAAAUAAUAGCCCAUUGUACAACAAAUCAAAAGGGUCUUUUACCCAUGGGAAAUGUAAAAGAGUUGCUGUUUAAUUUUGCUGCUAAUGCACUUGCUAUAGUCAAAGAUGUAAAAUAUCAUAUAUAUAUGAGAUGAUAAGAUAUACAAUCCAUGUUUUCCAGAGAAUUUUUUUUCAUUUGUUGCUUCAUAUGUUUGUUUAAUAUGCACACAUAUGUAUAUGUAUCCAGACAUACAAAUUCAUAAUUAUUGCAAAAUAUCUGAAAUCAAGAUGUCAGAACAUGUUUUCUAUUGUAGCUUCUCCCACCAAUGUUAUCUGAAGAUGUGAAAAAAGUAGAGCAAGACAUUUUUUUUUCUUAGCACAAGUUAAAAUCAAUGUAUGAGUGGAAAAUUAAAGUUUUUUAAAAUUCAUUUAGGGAUGUUAUGUCAUAAGAGUAACAAAAUUAUGGACUAGUGACAAGCGGAUGCUUAGGCCACACCAAUUUAAUUUGUUGGUUCUCUGAUUUUUUCAGAAAAAUACAAAGCGACAGGGCGAAAAAAAUGAUAGCCCCAAAUGCUACAAUGGGAGCCAGGAAGUCAACAUACCAGGCUGGGUUAAAUUUAAACAAUGAAUUUGGAACUUUUAAUCCAACCACCACAUUGAUACAUGGGAAAACUGUAGCAAGUAGGAAGAAAAGGACUUUUUUCCAUUAUACGGGCCAUAAUAUCAACAUGUUGUAGAUAAUUCAGAACCUGAAUUUUUAUUUUUAUCUUUUUUAUUGAAGAGGCAAAUCCAAGAACCAACAAAUUAAAUUAGUGUGGCCUUAGCAUUGGACUUCAGCUCUAUUUUCAAGGUUCAUGUGUAUGACAAAUCAAUGAAUACAAUUUGUUUGUAUAUUGAAUACAGUUUGUGUGUAUAUUGUGAAGUUGCCUUAAAAAUCAAAUAAUCACAAUUUGUUGGUGAAGUUUUAAGAUAUUUGACUAUAUUGAUACAAAUGAAAUGAUGUGUAUUUAUAUACUGUUGUUGUACUUUGAUGUUUCUAAGUGUUUGCGAAGCAUCAGUGUAAUUACUAGCAAUAACAAAUUACUAGUCAAGAGUCUAGUUAGCAAAUAACUUAAUCUUUGACUUGAUUUUUGGUCAGAAGUCUAUGGUUUGAAUCCUUGCAAUGCAUUGUACAAUUUGUAGUAAAUAGCGCCUUAGAGCCUAUAAUUGUUAAGUCUUGUUUUCUGUGGAAUAUGUUCUUUUUCCAUGAGAAAUACAUUGCUGAUAGCAUGUGAUUAAUAUUGACUUCUCAAUGUCUUAAAGAAUUCAGUCUACUUUUAUGUACAAUGUGAAUGACUGUCAAAGAAAUGCUUAGUGGCACAAAAGAUGUAUCUGAAUUGUACAUAAUGCAGAGUGAUUGAAUAUAAAUGUUUUCUUCAGAUUUGAA